AUGGAGACAAGUGCAGCGGAAGAGGAAUUUAUUACAAUAGUACCAGUAGGCGAAAAUAAGCCUCCAGUACUGGAUCCAAGUUUUGUUACUGUUCUCACAGUUGGGGCGGCGGGUGGCGCUGCAGAAAUAACUGUCCAGAGACCAAGAGGCGCUCGGCUUGGCCUGGGUCUUAAAUUUGAAGGUGGAUCAGCUGCUGCUGAGAAUGUAAGGCGGUUACUCGUUCAAUCAUGUGCUGAUGACAGCCCGGCAGCGAACGCGACCACCCCAUGGGGUAAACUCUUACCUGGCGAUGAAAUACUGGCUAUAGAUGGCGUUUCAGUUUCCGAACUUACCAGAAUUGAUUGUGUACGUCGGCUUAAAGAUUCAGAUGAAAAGUUGACUUUGCUCGUGCGUCAUUUUGAAUCAAGUGAUAAAAUGGAUAUUAAAAUGUUAAACGAAAAAGAAGCUCCAAUUACGACAGCUCUGGUAAAUGAAAUAACAAGGCCAACAUCUUUACCUCCACCUGUUCCUCCACGGAAAUUAGGCAAGAAAAAUUCUUUUAAAGACAAAACUACUUUACCCACUGUUGGUGAGCAAAAUGCUCUUAUUAAUGUAGAGCAACCGACUAAAACUGAAAAUUUAACAAGCAGCCAAAAUACGAAUGUUACAAAAUUAUCUCGUAAAUCUUCAUUCGAUAGUCAUCUUUUUAGACAAAACAAAGAAAGCCUUGCCUGUUUAAAGAAAGGAUCUCCCGAACAGGUGCGACGCCUAGCUCGUCGGCUAUCAGAUGGCAAAGCAUUUCCCCCAGAAGCUGAAGUUUAUAUUGAUUUGUUAUCUAACGAAUGGGAGCGUUGCUUAGCUUUAGCUGAUGCAGAAUCAGACGAUACGGGAAGUUCAAUAUCAACAGUUAUUGAUAGAUUAGGGUCAAUGGCAAAUUCUGUUGAAAAUAGUAUCCCGUCAACACCUAUUAUGCAACCAAAAUCAAUUGAUAUACAGAAAGUUUUAAAUAGCAUUGAGAAUAUCGAUGAUAAUAUUUUAAAAGAUAUGUCAAUUAAAAAGUUAAAAGAACAGAAAACAGAUAUAAAUGAGAAUUGUAUGAUAUUAGAUAAAUCUUUAGUUUCCAAUAACUUAAAAAUUAAAACGGUGGCAUCUACUAAUUUACAAGUUUCCGAAGAUAAUAAUUUAAUCAGUAAUAAAAAACUGCUAAGUGACAAAAAUAAUAAUAACACUGUAGAUGAAAAUAUUAUGCCUAACGCCGAAAAGAAGGAAAAAGUCUCAAAUAAACAAGACAGUGUUCAAGAAAAGCCCAAGCCCAUGCCUCGUAAUACAAAAGUGGAACGGUCUGCAAGCGAAAGGAAACGUAAACCAAUUCCGAUUCCAGAACCGCCACCAAAUCCAAUAGUCGAUCAGCUUUUAACACCUACAAAGAAAAAUUGCAUUGAAACAUGGCUACAACGCUCGGAGGCUGAAAUGAAUAAUAAAACUGCGGAUAAAGUGGAGGUACCUGCAGUUCCUGAAAUACUACCUCGUUUAAUUGAUUUCGUACCAAAAAACCAAUUCGUAGAGAGUUCAAAUGAAACUCAAACCUGUAUAAGACCCACUACGGCGCCGCCCCCGCCACCCGUUGACCCACGAGAAGAUGGUUCCGGUGCUUCCCUCGACACUAUAGGGGAACUGGAUGAAUCUUCCGAUGUCACUGAUAAUGCGUAA